AUGAAAACAGCAACUCCAAGUAGAAGAGGUGCUCAGGCCUUGAAUCCACUUCCAGAGUCUGAAGAAACAAAGUACAAACUCAAAUGUAUCGAACUACGAAAACGAACGCGUGAAAUUGAGCAACACAAUGAACUCAUGGCUCUGUCAAUUGCCCGAACCCGUCGUGAUGUCAAGCGUCUGAGAUUAGAACGUGCGCUUCUUUUGGAAAAGCUCGAGGACCGUACACAGGAACCCCCGGCUGCAGGCCCAGACCCCGCGGGAGCCAUUGCCGCAAGCCCGUCACCUCCCAACUCACCAUCUACGGCCAUUGGCAAGCUAUCGUCUGAAAUGCUGGAUGCAGCAGCGGCCACAGUGGUAGCAGCAGCCCAGAAAUCUCUCCAGAUGGCAGCGGCGGCGGCGGCGGCGGCAGCAGCAGCAGCAGCGGCAACAGCAGCAUCUUCAACCCCACCAGCCAACGGGGCUGCGGGACACGAUGCAGUGGCCCAUACGCCAGCAUCCAAUGGCCGCAGCAGUAGGGCUGGAGGUUCUGGAAAGGGGGGUUCGCGCGGGCGCGGAUCGAAAAAGGAAGCGGCGGCAGCUGCCUUGGCUUCCCAAACCCCACCACCACCACCUCCAACAGUUUCCACCCCUGGGCUCCAACACAUUGCUCCUGCUCCAGUAGACAACUCACACGAGGUGUCACCUGGGGACCCAUCAUUUGGCGACCACCAUUCUGGAGACGACGCAUUUACCGAUGACCUGGGAAGUCCUGGGCCACUGGCAGCAGCGGCAGCAGCAGCAGCAGCGGCAGGAGCCGUUGCGACACCGUCUGGUUCUAAGAAGCGCGCCCACGUUCCGCGAGACCCGAAUCUACCACGGAGGCCACAGAAUGCAUAUAUUAUUUUCUGUGAACUUGAAAAAGAGUCAGUGCGGGCGCGGAUGGAGAGAGAACGGCCCGGGUUAUCGUACGAUAUGACUAAAGCCAUGUCGGACGCAUGGCAUGCUUUGCCACGGUCAGCACGAGACAAGUACUACAAGAUUUACACGGCUGACAAGGAGCGAUAUACAAGAGAAAUGGCCAAUUACUUGCCAACCAACCCGACGCCUAGCGAGCAGCGGGAACAGCAACGGUUUAGAAAGGCGUACCAAGACUUGUUGGAGAAGAAGGGGAAGGAAGAGGAGGAAGUGAAAAAUGGAGACGGGGAGGAUGAGCAUGAGGAUGAAGUAGUAGAUGAGGAAAAUGAAGAAGAUGAGAACCAUGAGCAUCAUGAGGAACAGGAAGAUGAGGAGGAAGGGUCGAUGCAUUAUGAAGAGAAAAAUGAAGAGCAUCAUGAAGAGAAUAAUGAAGAGCACCAUGAGGAAUCUCAUGAAGAAUCUCAUGAAGAAUCUCAUGAAGAAGCUCAUGAAGAAGCUCAUGAAGAAGCUCAUGAAGAACCUAAUGAAGAACCUAAUGAAGAACCUAAUGAAGAAGCUCAUGAAGAACUUAAUGAAGAACUCCAAGAGGAGCACCAUGAAGAGCACCAUGAAGAGCCCCAGGAGGAGCAUCACGAAGACGAAGAGGCCAGUAUUGAGAAGCCAGUUGUUGAUGAUAAGCCCGCUGAUGUCACUGAUGAGCAUGCUAAAGAAGAUGACGCGGAAGGUAGAGAUAGUGAUGAGCCUGUUGAUGAACCUAUUCAUGAGCCCGAUACUGAGAAUGUGAAACCUACAGAGGUAGCAGUUGCGGAAAGUGCUCAUGAAGAGGAGGACGACGAGGAGGACGAAGAUAAUGAAGAAGAUGAUGAUGAGGAUGAGGAGGACGAAGAAGAAGAUGGUGAUGGUGAUGAAGAACUUGAGGAUGAGGAAAUGGAUGAUGAUGGUGAGUCUGGAAUAGCAGCAGGAGCAGUUGCAAGUGUUGCUGAAGGUCUUUAG